AGGACAGAGAGACACUACAACUGCCCCAUGAUAUGUUAUCCCCCCAUCCUUUUAUUCCCGAAUUUGUCUUAUUUUCUUCACCCAGUCCGUUGCCUGUUUGUUCUCACCUUUUCUUCGCAAGAACGAUGAAAUUCAUCAAUACUUGAUGCUUUGUUAAAAAACUAACCUGUUAUUCGCUUCAAGACCACAUCAAAAGGUUCCUUUUGAUUUCAUACAUUCACCAAAAAGAUGUUAACGGAUCCACAAAGAUGACGGAGCCCCCUCUCCCUGCUACCUCUACCGACGCAGGCGGAUCUACUGCAUCGCAACUGAGCCGCUUGUUCCGUCAAGAUGAUGGUACCAUUGAGUUCGGAAUCGAGACGUUCCUCGAGAACACUCCGAAACGAAUACCACAGUUCUGGCGGAUCGCGUUUUUUGACGCGCUUUCAAGAGCAGAAAUACCUGGGAAUUCUUCGGGAAGGACUCUUUCAGGAGGUGACGGAGCACUCGAAGAGAUCGAUCUGAAUGCAUCACAGGACGAUGAUCAGACAACGACAAGGACUGCUCGACAUCUUGGUGAGACGAGAAGUUAUGAAGCGAAAAAGUGUACUCAUCCUCAAGAAAGUAGGCACUUUCUAAAUAGGAAAGAACCUCUUUUCUUGAGUAUGAGUACACUUGUUUCUGUCAUAGAAGUGCAACACAGUUGAGAAGAGCACUCGACCCAUCACGGUCUUCCUGGCUGGGUGGUGCCUGGGACUACAUGACCGAUUAUAUGUUCUCAUCUUCAGAUGGGCACCAUGGGGUUCCUUGCCAACAGGGUCAACAUUGCCACAAUAUUAAUGUGGAAAAAAUAACUUCUUCUUCGCCAAGACAAAUACUAGCCUACCAACGCUUCUGCUCAAAUGCAGAGCGGUUGCUUUCAGCGGCAACGAAGGAGGACCAUCCUGGAGCUGUGGAUUUUGUGUUUAGGGAGAUGUUUGGUGGUGAUAGCGGAAUGUUGUUGGAGAUCAUGCAGUUUGCGAUCAGGGAGAUGUUGGUUGAUCGUGAUCAUCCAGGCCUUGAAGAUCGUGAUCAUGCAGGAGAAGGAGCUGAAGAGAAUGGAAGGACUACUUCAACACCAGCCGCGUCACAGCAAUCCAGUGAAGCUCAAAUGCCAGGUCUUCAAGUCGUUAUAUUUCCUGAAAAGGACAAGGUGAAGUCCACCACAACUGCUGACGCAAGGACGAGGAUGUCUAUUCCUCCAGACCCGUGCCUUCCGUACGCGGACCUCCUUGUGCCGUAUUUUUUCCAAAUUCUACUUCUGGCAGGCGAGGAGGACCACGACACAGGAGCACUGACAAUCAUUUCUAGUGCCUUCCGCUUCCAAUCCCGUUUAUUCGACGAUUCACAGCUAGCAGCCGUAAGGCUGCGAACGUUGGGCAUACUCGGAGCAGGCGGCGGACCAUCUAUUUCUCUCGCACCGACAUUGCUCUACAGCAGUUCACUUCAUGGCACCAGUUUUAAGAAGCUAGCGAAGAGUCUGGACGAUUACGGGCAAAAUCCAGUUUUGCUUGUAUGCAGGUGUAGAGCUGGCGUCAGGACAGAAACCUUUUCAGACACUACACCAAUUCUCUUCGGGGCAUUUUCUCCUAGUGGCUUUCGUGAAGGCAGUGGCAAAUACAUCGAGGAAGGUGGGGAGAACUGUUUUCUCUUUGGACAUGCGGAAUGCGAUAAUUUGCUAACAAUUCGACCAGUCCGAGAGCGAAACCGAGCGCGAAGUAGCACAAACUUCACAUAUCUGAACAGUCGAAAUCGGUACGCCGCUCUCGGGCUAGGCUUGGGAGGACAAGCUGGCGACAUGUCUAGAUUUUGGUUGUCGGAGAAUUUUCAAGGUCACCUCUUGAUCUCGGACUCGGUUUUUGCAGAAGGACACCUGUUACCGAGCUCAGUAGUGCGUGAAUCCGAAGAUGAUGAUCAUCCAGCAACUUCGCCUCCUCCAUUUCAAUGGGAGUUUCCGCCACCACUUCUACCACCACUGGUAGCAGGGGAACAAGAAAGAGAAAGAACCUCCGGAACAACUCCUGGUUCUGUUCCAAACGUCCUCAGUCUCGAAGUUUUCGGCUUAGGAGGUCAAGCAGCCUCAGCAGAGAUGGAGACACGCAAGCAACAGCAAGAUGCCGCAAGGGAUGCGGGAAGAAAGGUGGAUAGACGUCGCUUCGUAGAGUCCUCGUUUGAUCGUGAGUUUUUACUCGGUAACACGUUCAGCCAUGCGCAGAGUGACGCCGCGCGGGCAGAAAUCGAAGAACGGAGAAGGGAAAAAGGAUAGAUGAUUUGGAUGUGUGACCUCAUGCAUAGUGUUGUUGUAAGGAUUCCACCAUAUUAACUCCUUCGUUGAUGGUACAAAACAGCGCAAACUCAUAUCUUCGUACUAAUCAGGAGCAAAGACGACUCCAUUUUCGCUCGUUCGCUUCGAGGGUUUUUGUUCUUACAGGGUCUUUUCGGCAAUGAUGAAGCAGCUCUUGUUUCAUGUCACACACUUGGACAUCGGACUCUGAG